AUAGAGGUAUUGAUAUAUUUGGAAAAUUUGGAACAAUGAAUUAUAUAAUGCAAGCAAAAUAUAGGACUAAGAUUGAUGAUAAUGAAAUAUAUGUUAGUCCUAAAGAUAUUAGAGAAUUUGUAGCAGUUUUGAUGGAACAACCUGAUGGUACUGUUGGAUUUUUUAUAUUGAAUGCUACAUUUUCAGCUAGAUCUAAAAAUUAUGCAGUAAAUUCAAAACUAAAUUUAAUAUUAUGUAAUGAGAAAAAUAUUAUUGAAAGAAUCAAAGAAACUUAA